GGCUUGGCACAGUAUUCUGUCCUCUUUUACGGCUACUACGACAAUAAGAGAACCAUUGGAUGGCUGAACUUCAGGUUGCCGCUCUCCUAUUUUCUGGUGGGGAUUAUGUGCAUUGGCUACAGCUUUGUGGUUGUCCUCAAAGCGAUGACCAAAAAUAUUGGUGAUGAUGGAGGAGGUGAUGACAACACCUUCAACUUCAGCUGGAAGGUUUUCUGUAGCUGGGAUUACCUGAUCGGCAAUCCGGAAACAGCAGACAACAAAUUUAAUUCAAUCACAAUGAACUUUAAGGAAGCCAUCACAGAGGAAAGAGCUGCUCAAGUAGAAGAAAACGUGCACUUGGUCAGAUUCCUGAGGUUUCUUGCUAACUUCUUUGUGUUCCUGACACUGGGCGCAAGUGGAUACCUCAUCUUCUGGGCCGUGAAGAGAUCCCAGGAAUUUGCGCAGCAGGACCCUGACACCCUUGGGUGGUGGGAAAAAAAUGAAAUGAACAUGGUGAUGUCCCUGCUGGGGAUGUUCUGCCCGACGCUGUUUGACCUGUUUGCUGAACUGGAAGACUACCACCCUCUCAUUGCUCUCAAGUGGCUACUCGGACGGAUUUUUGCUCUUCUUUUAGGCAACUUGUAUGUAUUUAUUCUUGCCUUGAUGGAUGAGAUUAACAACAAGAUUGAGGAGGAGAAGCUGGUAAAGGCCAAUAUCACCCUGUGGGAAGCCAACAUGAUCAAGGCCUACAACGCGUCUCUCUCUGGGAACAGCACUGGACUCCCCUUUUUUGUUCACCCUGCUGAUGUACCUCGGGGACCCUGCUGGGAAACAAUGGUGGGCCAGGAAUUCGUGCGGCUCACGGUUUCUGAUGUUCUAACCACUUACGUCACCAUCCUCAUCGGGGAUUUCCUAAGGGCAUGUUUUGUGAGGUUUUGCAAUUAUUGCUGGUGCUGGGACUUGGAAUAUGGAUAUCCUUCCUACAUGGAAUUUGACAUCAGUGGCAAUGUACUGGCGCUGAUCUUCAACCAAGGCAUGAUCUGGAUGGGGUCAUUCUUUGCUCCGAGUCUCCCGGGCAUCAACAUCCUUCGUCUGCACACGUCCAGGUACUUCCAGUGCUGGGCCGUGAUGUGCUGCAACGUCCUCGAGGCCAGAGUCUUCAAGGCGAGUCGCUCCAACAACUUCUACCUGGGCAUGCUGCUGCUCAUCCUCUUCCUGUCCACCAUGCCGGUGUUGUACAUGAUUGUGUCCCUCCCACCAUCCUUCGACUGUGGCCCUUUCAGUGGCAAAAAUCGGAUGUUCGAAGUCAUUGGCGAGACCCUGGAACAUGACUUUCCCAGCUGGAUGGCGAAGAUACUGAGGCAGCUCUCGAACCCCGGACUGGUCAUUGCUGUUGUGCUGGUGAUGGCUUUGACCAUCUAUUAUCUCAAUGCUACUGCCAAGGGCCAGAAGGCAGCAAACCUGGAUCUCAAAAAGAAGAUGAAAAUGCAAGCGCUGGAGAACAAGAUGCGGAACAAGAAGAUGGCGGCCGCCCGUGCAG